GUAUUGCACACCUUUAGUUGGCAGUUAAACAAAUGUGGUGCCAUACAGAAUUGCUGCAUUUUUCUGUAGACACACAUGCAGCUGCACCACACAGGGAAUGUGAGUGGAGAAGGAGCAGAGAUGUGUACAGCACUCUGCUCUGCUCUGUCUUGUUGGUGGGGCUUCAUAUGCAGAGAUGGGAUGCUGCAGCCACCAGUGACUCGUUUUUUCUGCUUUCCACCGAUCUGCUCUCAUCAUCUCAUCUGGCCCCCCUUUAUUCUGUCUUUCCAUUAACCCGUCAUCCUACCUCGACUUCAUUCUUACCUCCUCCCUUUCGCCCCUCUCUUUCAUGGCGGUUCCUCAGUGCAGUGGGGCUGUCCUACUUUCGGCAACUGUGCAGGAUGUAGGGGAAGCAGAAGAGCAAUGCCAGAUGUAUCCAUCUGCUGGGUGAGAAUAACCUGGAGAAUGUCUUAAGUAUCAGUCUCAUCGCAGCAAUGACAGAGGACUGGAUCCACCUCCAUCUGCAGUAUCCAGACCUGAAGAUCAUCUUCUCUGGCAUCACCCAGUGGGGCAGGUGGAAGGCUGGUGCCAAUGAAGAUGGGUCUUCAGAAUGGUAGCAGGAUAUGAGGGCGUGUCUAAGGAGAACAGCAGUAGACAACAGUCAUGGAAGUGGAGGGCACUGCGGAGCCAGCUUUCGUGGACGUGGACCAGGGCUUGACUUUGGCCUACAUUGCCUUCCUCUGCCUGCUACUGCUGGCCAUGAUCAUCCGCUGUGCUAAGGUCAUAAUGGACCCAUACAGUGCAAUCCCUACCUCCACAUGGGAGGAACAGCUCUUAGAUGACUAACAUGUCAGAAGCCACCCAUGACAAGGCCACCAAAAGGAAAAGGAAGGUUCUUCAUGGAUUCUGUAUUGUGGUAGUGCAAUCCAUUCCAUUUCACAGGCUGUAAAUGACAAGCAAGUAAAAUGGUAAAUCAACAUGAAUGUUAUUCUUUGUGUAUAACUUUAGAGAAUUUCAAUUUUUCUAAAAUGUUGAUGCACUUCAGGGUUCCAGUCUUUGAGACAGAAGAUACUUUGUCUAGAAGGGAUUCUGUCUGCCCAGAAAGCCAUUGAUGGGGUGAUACAAUCCCAAAAAAAGCACAUAAACUUGGUUGUUUGUACCUAGAGAUGUCUUCAUGAGCCCUGUGGCAAUCAUACAUUCCUGUUGGCUGACCAAACACAAUCAGUAAAAGCAACUGGACAGCAGCCUUGACUGACUGCACUCUCCCUUUACUGUCUGGAAUUACAAAUUGGCAGGCAAUGAUGUAGGUCACAAAACAUAUAAGGUACCAAGGAAAUAUCAACAGGAUUUGCAUUUACAACUUGUGUAGAUGUGGAAAAUAAUAUAAAAACUCGAUGUGCCAGUUUUCUAGUCAUGGGGAGUCACAUUGUUGAGUUUCUGCUUUCUGUGGCUCUGAAGAAGUUUUGUCAAGAUUGGGGAGAGACUACAACCUUGAGAUGGCAACUUUAUCACAGAACCCACCGGUGUUUUUCAUGGAGGAUGGAAACAUCAAAAGACAUUGCCAAAUUACAUUAAGGGAAGAGUAAGAUCCCAGGAGUUUAAGCUUCAUCCUCAUGAGGGAUUAAGACAGGAUAUGGGCUUCUGUACUUUAGAAGUUCCUCAACCUAUGGAAGCAGAAUACCAAAAUUCUGGAGUGUCCUUUUAAUUAUGCAGAGAGGUCUUUGUGUAUUCCUUUAACUGCAAGACACAAAUAGAGAUUUUGUAUGUUUUAUAAAUACUUUUAAUGGGUAUUUGCUUGAGACUAUGCCCAGUGAGCAUUACUGCUCGGACAGUCUGUAGGCAUUUAGCCUUUACAGUAGCAGUUAUGCUUGGUUUUGUUUUACUGCCACAGCAUGUCUUCUCCUGUUGCUGAGCAAAAUGUACACAAGUGCACAUCAAGAAAACUAUAAUGCAGGCAUCCAAUGCUUAGCAGUGUUAUGGCUCAGGUUUGUAACAAACAACACUACUUAAUUCCUAAUUCUGCCUUAUUUGCUUUGGUUGUCUCAGUCUUUAAAAAAGCUUGAUGUUCGUGUUGCUUUUAAUUGCAUAUGUGCCUGACUUGUGUAUCUGCAUUGAUGGUAUUUAUCUUUUUUGACAUAAUUGUCAUUUGCAUGGUAUGAAGUGCCUAUGCUUACAGUAAACAGCAGAGCGAUGUAGUCUAGCGCUAAGUCCCUUUAUCUUAAAUUCUUUGGAAAAAUGAACAGUUGGAUGUAAAAACAGCACACUGUGUUUCUCCUCAUGCAGAAGAGUUUAAUAACUGUGCUUCUCAUUCAUAGCAUUUGUUUCGAUGUCUCGCUAUGGGAUAUGCCCCCUGCGUUUAUCUCAUUAUGCCAAUCCUGACUGGCUGGUGAUCACGACGCCUGCAUCAGGUGGAGCCACCUACCCUUAAGUAGCCUGCACUACUAUGCAGCAUCACUCAAACACCUCUUCUCACUCUGUGUAGCAAAUCUCAACUUUGUAUGUGGCAGCUAGCUGAACAGUUCAUAUAUUGGAGCUAACUUGGCUUGGCUCUGUUGCCGAAUGCUAGCUGGCACACCUGUGACCAUCCUGCCCUCACCAUAGCAAGAGACACUCAACCAGCCACGCCAGCUUCGCUUCUGGAAGACGUACUGGAGUUGGAUUAUGAGGGUAACGAUGAAAAUACCUGGGAACUCCUCAUAUCCGAGGAGGACGAGGGUGAGGAGGACAUCCUCAUCCUCAGUUUGCCAUAUGAGGUGCUGUGGCUGCCUUCAAGGAUGAGGAGGGAGGCGCGCCCACUUCCUCCUCCACCAGUAUGAAUAUGAAGUCUAUGUGCAAAUGCGUUGCAUCCCGGCUGAACAUGCCUUGGGGUAAUAACAGAGACCACCAAAUCCUGCCUUCCCCCAUGGAGCCGUGAACCCCACGCUGCCAUCCAAAGCAAACCGCUUCCAGUCCACUGUGACGAAGUCAGCCUACAGGGCAGCAGCGCUGACUGUCAGAGUGCUGAAUAUCUCUUCCAUGUUCACAGUAUACCAAACCUGACCCAGCGGUGUGGGGCGAGAUUACCGUGAUAAUGGACAUCUGCCUCCAUGCACAGCAUGGGCAGUCCAAGCCAUGGGUACAUCUCUGGGAAUGGUGGUGUUGCAGGAAAGAGCCAGAUGGCUCAACCUGGCCAACUUAUCUGACAGAGAGAAGGAGGACAUUUUGAACUUGCCAAUCAUACCAGACGGCAUCUUUGGCUCCACUCUCAUCUCAAUGCUGUAGCGUUACGAGGCGAAAAAGGAGGACUAAGUUCUCCAGCUCUGAGCUGAGCCCACACCUGCCCCAACCCCACACAACAGACUUUAGCACAGGCUAGGACACGACCUCCGUUCGCUCAGUUCAAAAUCCUGAAGCAGCCUAAAGCCCAUCCUGCCCCUAGUGCUCAAGACUGGAAGUGAAGACCGACUGGCCCAGAAAUGCCCCCAUGAUGACAGCAGGUCUGCCAGUACAGACCGCGCAGACCUGCUGUGCUGGUGAUUGAUCUGAGUACGGGAGUUUCCAUAUCCCAUAAUGAGACAUCAAAAUGAAUGCUAGGAAUGAGAACAAUAGGUUACUUGCGUAACCCCAGUUCUCACAGUAGCAUGAGUGAGAUGUCUCACCAGACAGCCCUUCUUACUCGGCAAAGUGAGAAGAGGUGCUUAUUUGAGUGGUGCUGUAUGUUAGAGCAGUCUACUUAAAGGUUGGUGGUGAUCACCAGCCAGUCAGGACUGGCAUAAUGAGAUGAAUGCUUCAGAGGCAUAGGCAGGGGGCGUAUCCCAUAGUGAGACAUCUCACUCAUGCUACCCUGAGAACCGGGGCUACGCAAGUAGCCUAUAGCUUUUAUUUCCCAGGGAUCUCAGAUAUCUUGAAAACAGCAAAGGUGGUCACAGGGGUGAGUUUGGAAGCCAGCUUUUUACUGGCAUGACUAUGGGGAGGUUAUAAAAUAACUGUUAAUUAAGCUGCAUGAGGCAAAGCACCCUAUACAGUCUACUACAACAGAGUGAGGAACAUCUAUCAGAUAGGACUGAGUUACAUUCUGGCUCUCCUGUCUUUUCUAUGCUAUUUUUGUUCUCUGUGUAUUUUUGGCUUGAGUAACUCUCUAUUCUAAAGCUUGAAAUUCAUCAAGAAUGUCUAUAAAUGUCUAUGUUUACUGACAGUUUGCAUUUCAUCAACCUUUAUUUAAUUUAAUCUAUUUACACUUUGUUUCGAGUUAUUCUGCAUAUGCUGUUUUUGUUCAUUUUUCCUAAAUAGCCAGUACAAAUGAUGGUCGGUCCAUUUUUUUAAUCCUCAAUUAUUAUAUUAUAAUCAGGGUUUUCUUAAACAAAAGUUCAGAUGAUGACAACAGUAUUUGUUUUUAAAUAUCUCAAAAUGCAGUGUUCCAAAUUAUUAAGCACAACAGAGUUUCAAAGCAUUCAAUAGGUUAUAAAGAACAGAAAAUGGAAAUCUGUUAUAUUUUCUGUAUUAAGGGAUAUUUUUUCUCAAAAUAAAUGCGCUUUCAAUCAAAAACAUCUUUAUAGGUCAAGUUACAUGUUAACAUAGGAACCUUUCUUGGAUAUCACCUUCACAACUUCCCUACUUAUUGAACUUGUGAGUCCAUAUAUAGUUUCUUCCUGGAUUUAAUUUGCGUAUGCCAGAAUUGCCUUCCGGAGGUUUAGUGCUGACAAACAACAAAACUAGCUGUGGCAAACUGUGGUAAGAAGUGACUUUGCUGAUCAGUGGUGGUUAAUAAAGGCAGGAGGCGAUGGCUGAUGGCAAAUAUUAUAGACAUGAACUGCACAUUAAAAAUUUGCUCUGGAUGAUUGCAAAGAAAGAAUAUAAAAUAGAUUUGCUUAUGUGGGGCAGUAACUGUUGCAAGGGGCAAACCUGUCAUCUUAAAAAAAAAAAGCAGCCUCAUGACAUCAGAGGACAGAAAUGAAGAGAAAAUAUGCAUUUAAACAUUUGUCUGCAUAUUAUGGACACAUUUAGAUGUACAUAUACAAGUGCUAAAUAUAUUAAAGUACAAAGAACCACCCCAAAGCAGAUUCACCUGUUUAGAACAUGUGAUUCUGUCACAGAAAAACAAUGGAAAUUUGAUUCAGUGUGUAUCCAUGAGGAACAGUUUGCCAACCAUGAGGCUUUUUUCAUCAGCUGCCUUCUAUAAUGAGCUAAAUGGUAGAAAAAAUGUAAAUCUUCUAAUAGUCAAGGGCAUAUUGUGCACACUCAAACAUCCACAGGGCAUUGAAGGUCAAGUUCAAGAUACAUACAGUAUGAUAAUGCUUGUGACUGUACAUUGUGAGAAUGUAAAACAGUGAUCUCAUUUGACUUGACAAUUAAACUGUGUCCUGUUUCUCUCUUGCCUUUAA